GCCUGUUCGCCGAAGGCAGCAGAGCACCAAACAAGGCGGCUCGCCCUUCAAACGGCGUCCCACGGUCACACCGGGAGUGACGGGCCUGAGGAACCUAGGCAACACGUGUUACAUGAACUCCAUCCUGCAGGUGUUGAGCCACCUGCACGUCUUCAGGGAGUGCUUCCUGCAGCUGGACCUCACGCAGGCGCUGGAGCUGCUGGCGUCCGCCGUCCACGGACAGCUGGCGGGGAAGACCUCGUCCCAGUCGCCUCUCACCUUAAGGAAGGGCUUCCAGACCAGCUCGGGCUCCGGGGCCGGGCUGAGCGGCGGGGCCUCGCGGGGCCGCAGCAUGGAGCUGAUCCAACCCAAAGAGCCCAGCUCCAAGCACAUCUCUCUCUGCCACGAGCUGCACACCUUGUUCCAGGUCAUGUGGUCCGGUAAGUGGGCGCUGGUGUCGCCUUUCGCCAUGCUGCACUCGGUGUGGCAGCUGAUCCCGGCGUUCCGCGGCUACGCUCAGCAGGACGCGCAGGAGUUCCUGUGCGAGCUGCUGGACAAGGUGCAGCACGAGCUGGAGAGCACCGGCACGCACACGACCACCGCGGGCGUCCCACAGAAACGACUCAUCAAACAGGUGCUCAGCGUGGUCAACACCAUCUUCCACGGCCAGCUCCUCAGCCAGGUGACGUGCGUGGCCUGCGACCAUCGCUCCAACACCGUGGAGCCGUUCUGGGAUCUGUCUCUGGAGUUCCCCGAGCGCUAUCACAGCAACAGCAGGGAGUCGGCCGCUCAGGCGUCCUGCCAUUUGACGGAGAUGCUGGCCAAGUUCACAGAGACCGAAGCACUGGAGGGAAACAUCUACGCCUGCGACCACUGUAACUCCGCUCGACGUCGGACCUCCUCCAAGUCAGUCCUCCUGACCGAAGCACAGAAACAGCUGAUGGUCCACAAACUGCCUCAGGUCCUGCGGCUUCACCUCAAACGCUUCAGGUGGUCCGGGCGAAACCACCGGGAGAAGAUCGGAGUCCACGUCAGCUUCGACCAGCUUCUCAACAUGGAGCCGUACUGCUGCCGAGAGCCCUCGCCCAAACUUGUGUCCUGCUCCAGUCCCAGCAGCCCCGGUGCUGCGGGCUCGCCGCGCCCCAAGCACUUCCUCUACGAUCUCUCCGCUGUGGUGAUGCAUCAUGGGAAGGGCUUCGGUUCCGGCCACUACACGUCCUACUGCUACAACACAGAAGGAGGCUUCUGGGUUCACUGUAAUGACUCUAAGCUGAAUGUGUGUUCAGUGGAGGAGGUCUGCCGUGCUCAGGCCUACAUCCUCUUCUACACACAGCGAGUAACUCAGGACAAAGACCGGCCGCUAUAGGACCACCAUCCCUUGAAGAUCCUCCUCCUCAUCCGCUGCAGCCUGACCACUCAGCGAGAAGAUAUCAGCACAGCCCCACCUAUCGCUCUUUCUCUCCUCCCUCUCUUUCUUUGGGCAUUUUAUAUCCUGGGAGGAUGGGUCUUUUUUUAGUCUAUUUUUCUGAAUAAGGAAAAAACAAAAAAGAGAGGAAGAACUCCUUUUUAAAAACCUGGUUCUGCUUUAUGAACUUCUUGUAUAUGGUGUUUAUAUGUAGGUAUUUUU